AUGAAUGAAAUCCUGGUUCAUGUCACAGCCCCCAGUUCCGUGCGUGACGACGCACGCUAUCGGGCCCAAGUGGCCGCCAUGGUGAACUUCUCUGCCUCGCGCCAUCCAAUCUCAAGCCCCGGCACAGAAACUCAGGACCUGCCCCAGGAAACCACCGCUGAAGAUCAGCACUCGCAUCAAGUAUCCGCCUUGGAAUCCCCUUCCCUACACGAGGCCUCUCCAUUGCGGGAGGCGUCCCGACCCGCAUGGGAGGCAUUCCCAGAUCGUCACUGGGUCACCGAACAUACCAAUGAUCGACAACCCCCGGGCGAUCACAUCCCUGCGAGUCGAGACCUCGACUCGCUCGAUAGUCUCAUCAGUGUGAUUCCAGAUUCUCAGCCAGAGAUCGUCGCGCCAGCUCCAGAUUCCAAUCCAGAGCCAGAGCCAGAGCCAGAUCCCGAACUAGUUGCCUCGGGCCCGGCUUUUGCAGAAAGGUCCUACCCACCCUCCAAAAGGCGUUGUAUGCAGCCACAGACCCUGUUACAGGAGGCCCAUGUCCACUCUCCUGCAGCUGAAUCUGAUAUCACACGUCGGGAUUCCUCUGCAACGGACCAGCCCGAUCUCCACCCUGUCCACCCUAUCCACCCUGUGCAACAUGUUAUAGGGGAUGCUCCUAAUCCCAUUUGGAUAUCGAGCUCGAUCGAGUCCACUGGGCGCACGCAGAGUACCGAUUCCUCGAUAACAACAUCGCUGCCAAACCCCGAUCCCCUGACUCUUGCAUCGUCUGCGGCUGCUCCUAUUCUGCCCUGCACGACGACCCCCCUCCCCUCUUCUCGCACCCUCACUCUACCGCUAGAAAUCCAUGCCCCUCCACCCCCAAUCUCAACUGCCCCCUUCACAACACAUAUCACAUCAACGUUAACCAUGCUCACAGACCGACUCAGGCCACAGCGCACAUAUCAACCAAUCCACCAAACAAGGGAUUUGGAUCCCCUGGAACGGGGAUAUUGGUCAAUACACUUCAACAUUGGAUCGCAAGAACAAGAAAAGGAACAAACCUGGUCUACACCGACCUUCCGAGCAUUCUGGGCCUUCCUCGAAGACUUUAUCAGAAAAGAUGGCCGAGCAGGCUGGGGCGUAUGGUGUAUCCUAGAGCGAUCUCCCCCCACAAGUGAAGAUGAUUCACUGAAUUCAAUGACCUCGGACAUAGGAGAGACGAUAGAUGUCUCUGUCCCGGUUACACUCAAGGUAUAUGCAUGGGGCGAAAUCGCCAUGCAUAUUUACCUGUUGCUGUUCCUUGCUAGUGAGCGACGAAUUCGGGGGAUGGAAGCUCAAUGGAGGGAUGCUGGGGAGACUGUUGUUAUCCAGAUGCAGUAA